GUUCAGUUUUCUUGCUGGGUCUGCGCGGGUUUUGGAUUCUCGGUGACAGUUUCGGGCGGGAGGACAGUGCCUGAGACCAGGUCCCUCAUGUUCUUUGAGGCCCAUUCCUGAUGCCUAGUAAAUCUUUAAAGUAUUCAUUGGAGGGGCUGAAGAGAUGGCUCAGCAGUUAAGAGCACUGGCUGCUCUUGCAGAGGACCCAGAUGGUCUGUGACAUAGGGAGGAAGGAGCCAGCUUGUAAGGUGGCCAAACCAGCUUUGCUCUUAGCUCACUCACUUGUCACCCACUGUCACCUGUGACUGCUGAUGUGUCCACCCUGAGCUCUAGGUCCUGACAAGCCAUGCCCUCGAUGAGCACCUGGGCUUUGUUCUGUCUCCUGGGGAGAGUGAGCAGGAUCUGCACCGGGCCCCAGGGACUCCAAACGAGGACACUGCUCUCACCGGGAAUGGCUGCCACUGUAGUCCAGGUGGCAGGCAGGAAGGACUGCCCUGCUCUGCUUCCCCUCAACGAGAAUGAACUUGAAGAGCAGUUUGUGAAAGGCCAUGGUCCAGGGGGCCAAGCUACCAACAAAACCAGCAACUGCGUGGUACUAAAGCACGUGCCCUCAGGCAUCGUGGUCAAGUGUCACCAGACACGAUCUAUGGAUCACAACAGAAAGCUCGCCCGGAAAAUCCUGCAGGAAAAAGUGGAUGUUUUCUACAAUGGUGAAAACAGUUCUGUUAACAAAGAGAAACGAGAAGCAGAAAAGAAAAAGCAAGCAAGAAAAAAAAGAGCAAAGGAAACUCUAGAAAAAAAAAGAUUAUUUAAAAAGCUAUGGGAAUCAAGUAAAAACAUCACUGAGAAAAUAACUGAUUCUGAGUCUCCCAAGAGGUUUCCAGAAUAACAGUGGGGGUGCCUGUGAUCAACAUCCUAACAGCCUCUAAAGAAGGCGUUCCGGGAGCUGGAGUGAUGGCUCGGAAGUUAAGAGCACUGACUGUUCUUACAGAGGAUCUGGGUUUGAUUCCCAGCACCCAGAUGGCAACUAACAACUGUCCAUAACUCCAGUUCCAAGGGAUUUGAUGCCUUCUUCUGAUCUCCGAAGGCAUUGUAGGGCACAGGUAAAUUUACACAAGUGCAGGCAAUACAUUCAUUAUAGGCAGGCAUGGUGGUACAUGCCUUUAAUCUCAGUACUUAACCUACAUGCAGGCAAUACACACAUACACAUAAAAAAUAAAAAUUAGCCAGGU